CGACCCAUGGCCAGUGACUGCGGGGCCAGGGGGCCCAGAGCCGGGAGCCGGGUCAGGGGCACACGUGCGGGCGCUUCCGGAUUGCUGGAUGACGUCAAGGACGCCCGGGGGCGGAGCAGGGACUCCUGAGAUACCUCCAGUUCCUGACAAAGCGCUCACCACUUCUCACCGUUCCACAGUUAUUCCCUUGGGUCUCCGUCCUUCGUGCACCCCCAGUCAAAUCCGUGAGCAAGGAGUGUUCUGCUCAGGCAUCUCCUCAGACUGCACGGGGUCAGCAACUCUCACAAGAAGUGGAAGGGCUGGCAGAAGCACCUCUUAUCUUUGCCCCCUUUCUCUGAGCCCUGGACUCCCUGGUGUGGGCUGGCAGCAAAGGCAGAGAUACAGCCUAGGUAUUUUGUGCUCAGAGUGGGGAGAAGGCCAGAGAGCCUUUCUCCGUUCAUUGGAGCCUGGUGCCUUCCUGGCUGACCAGAGGAGCUCAGCAAUAAUUCAGGGGCUCCAGCUCUUUGGAACCUGUUGCCAGGAAACAGGGAGACAUGCACGUGCAUCCCCGGGGAGAGGAAUCGGUUUCCAGCCCAGACAAAGCAGAGAAAUGUAAGCCCAGGGUGCCAACCAGGGGCUUUGAGACCUCCCCACUCCAGUUCACAGUUGAGUGGGGACAUAGGGCAGGACCUGCUGAAGGCACAACUGGUAUGGCUACAGUCACAGGGGCACCAGUGUGGGUCUUGGGCCCAAGGACUUUAUAAAUGGACUUUGUGAAUGCAAGCAGAUUUUUUUUGGAGCCAUUCCAAGAGAUCAAAUUCAAGUACCCGUAGGGCCAGGAAGCGGGCCUCCUCCGUGCAGAGAGUUGUCUCCAUUAUUCUUGGCCAAUAUGGGUCAAGACGAGGGGCUGAGGCCACAGAAGCCAGCUCUGUCCUGUCUCCACCCCAGACUCCUCUGGAUCAGUUCACCUGCCUGACAGUGUGCCAGCUGGGGAGGCUGGUGCAUCUUUAAUGAAGUCACCUGAUCCCUGGGACAGGCUCUUGGCCUCACCAAGUUCCUGGAGCCAGACCCGCUGGGUGCCCACUGAGUCACUGCCUUCCUGAGCUUGGGUGCCAGGCCUGUUUUCCCUGCAGCCAUGAACCAGACCUUCUGGAAAACCUACAAGUCCAAAGUGUUACAGACCCUCAGUGGGGAAUCUGAGGAAGACCUGGCAGAGGAGGUGGGUACCAUCCAUGUUUGCUGGGUGGGUCAUGGGUGGAGAGAGCAGGAGUGAGAUACAAUGAAGAGCAAGGGACAGGCUCUGUGAGGGGAGGCACAUUUGUGCAGAAACAAUCGGCACCUUCAAGGAUGACAAAUGGCCUGGUGCCGAAAGCCAGGAUAUUUCAGGAAACUGAGGAAGAAGAUUGGGGGGCCACGGGAAAAAUGGUCAUUGUCUCCCACGAUGGACUCCAUCUCCAAAGAUGGCAGCCAAGGGCUGCCACAUGGAAGAGACCAGGGGGCAGUAGCCACAUGGGGCACAUGCAGCUUGACACAACUUCCUAAUGGGCAGAGCUAAGCAGAAUUGGGAUGUCUUGCCUGGAGAGGAAGUGAGGCCUAUGGUCCUAGAAGUCGUGCUUGCCCUUAGAGGGUCACUGUUGCAGCAUCAGAUCAGAGCCAGACUUGGAGCAUGUUUAUUCUGACAUUUAAAAAAAAAUCAAAAAGGCUCUGAAACUGGGAACGGUCUUACAUCUAGAGGCUGUAAUAAGUAGCAGUUCGUGCAAACAGAUGUGGCAGGGGCAGGAACUAGUUCUAUAGGGUGUGUGUGUGUGUGUGUGUGUGUGUGUGUGUGUGCAUCUCCACCUUUGUGUCUGUGGAUGGGUGGAGAGGUUUAGUGUGCUGUAGAUGGGCCUCUGUGCUGCUGCCUGCAUUUCUGUAAGUUCACGGGUGUGAAUGGUAUAACAGUGUACGUGUCCUUGUAUAGGUGCCUCACAGCACGUACAGCUAUGUACAGGCGAAGAGGCAUAGCCCUGUGGAGGCAUGCUCAUGUACAGAGAGGGAACCCAGCGUUAGUGGACUCUGAGCCGGCAGAACCUACCGAAGAGGCUUUCCAUCCCAUGUCCCAGUUGGCCCGCCGGGUUCAGGGGGUCGGGGUGAAAGGUUGGCUGACAAUGUCGUCUCUGUUUAACAAAGAAGAUGAGGACAAGCUGCUGCCACCGGAGCCCUGUGCCGACCACCCGCUGGCGGCGAAGUCCCCCUCGCAGGCGGUGGCCGCGGCGGCGGAGGCGGAGCCGCGAGGGCCCGGAUUCUGGGACACGUUCGCCAGCAGGUGGCAGCAGCAGCAGGCGGCCGCGGCGUCAAUACUGCGCGGCGCCGAACCCACCCGGGAGCCGGACCCCGAAGCCGGGGACGAGGCCGCCGAGCGCCCGGAGCCUGGGGAGGCCGACACCGUGGCCGGCUUCAAGUGGGGCUUCCUCACCCACAAACUGGCCGAGAUGAGGGUGAAGGCUGCGCCCAAGGGUGACUAGCCGGCCGGUGCAACAAGCCGCCCGCUCUUCCCCUC